AUGGCUUCUUUCCUUCGAGCUUCGAGCGGCUUGCGCUCAAUGACCGGUCGAGCGGUUCCUGCGAGGUCUUCCUUCAAGUACACGUCCGUCCGGUCUUUGGCAAGCUCGUCGUCCACCGAGUCGUCAUUCUUGGCCGAUGAGCCCGUUGCGCCAAAGGUGGUCACAGCCAUUCCAGGCCCCAAGGCCCAGGAGCACAUUGCGGAGCUCAAUAAGGUGUUUGACACCCGCAGCUUGAACAUGUUGGCAAACUACCAGAAGAGCUAUGGCAAUUAUAUCUCUGAUCCGGACGGCAACAUACUCCUCGACGUGUACGCCCAAAUCGCUUCGAUCCCAGUCGGCUACAACAAUCCCGCCCUUAUCGAAGCCGCAAAGUCCGAUCAAAUGAUUUCUGCUCUGAUCAACCGACCCGCAUUGGGCAACUUCCCUUCACACGACUGGGCUUCCAUCCUUGAGACCGGCAUUCUGCGUGUGGCGCCAAAGGGCCUGGACCAAGUCUUCACUGCCAUGGCGGGCUCGGACGCAAAUGAGACCGCAUACAAGGCUGCUUUCAUGUGGAAGAAACAGCAAGAGCGUGGUGGCCCCGACGUGGACUUUACAGAGCAAGAGUUGACUAGCGCCAUGAAAAACCAGAAGCCAGGUGCGCCCGACUUGUCCAUCAUGUCCUUCAAGUCUGGCUUUCACGGACGUCUAUUUGGCAGCCUGUCCACCACCCGCAGCAAGCCCAUUCACAAAUUGGACAUUCCAGCCUUUGAUUGGCCUCAGUGCUCCUUCCCCAAUCUCCGGUACCCCCUCGAAGAGCACGUCGAGGAGAACGCCGCUGAGGAGAAGAGAUGCUUGGAGGAAGCUGAGCAUCUCAUCAAGACCUAUCACAACCCCGUGGCCGCUGUCGUGAUCGAGCCCAUUCAAUCCGAAGGUGGUGAUAACCACGCAAGCCCCGCGUUCUUCCGUGGUCUCCGAGAAAUUACUCGCCGUAACAACGUUCUGCUGAUCGUGGAUGAGGUCCAGACCGGUGUCGGGGCCACUGGAAAGUUCUGGGCACAUGACCACUGGAACCUGCAAGAUCCUCCUGACAUUGUCACCUUCUCCAAGAAGGCUCAGACUGCUGGUUUCUACUUUGGCAACCCUGCUCUCCGUCCCAAUAAGGCAUACCGACAGUUCAACACCUGGAUGGGUGACCCGGCGCGCGCCAUCAUCUUCCGAGCCAUCAUUAACGAGAUCGAGCGACUGAACCUGGUGGAACACACGGCUAAAGUUGGUAACUAUCUCUAUGGAGAGAUUGAGCGACUGGCCAAGCAAUACCCCGAGCAAUUCCAAAACCUUCGAGGCAAGGGCCAGGGAACUUACAUUGCCUUUGAUAACCCCAAGCGCGACGAGUUCCUGCUCAAGGCCAAAACGUUCGGGAUCAACAUUGGUGGCUGUGGCCCCUCUGCGGUUCGACUCCGACCUAUGCUGAUCUUCCAAAAGCAUCACGCCGAUAUUCUUCUCGAUGGCUUCGAGAACCUGGCCAAGUCUCUUUGA